GUGUGUGUGUGUGUGUGUAUAUGAUAUUUUUUUGGUGCUAGAAUUAGGCUGCCUCCCUCCCUCCCUCAAUUCAGGUAAGUCUGGGGAAUGUCUCGGAAAACGUAGGCACCCCUUCCCGCUCCUCCUCAAGCCCUGCUUUCCACCAGAAUUUCCCCUUGAACUCCCUCCAGCAACCCUGACAAUGCAGUCUUGCUGCCUGGCCUCCAGCAGUCAGGUGCCUGUCGCUGAGAGGGGGGGACCAGUUCAAAUAUUCCUGCUUUUCUGCAAUUCGGAGACGCUUGUAAAGCCCAGACUGUUCCAGUAGUGUAGCCCCUUUCCUGUUCCCUGCACUGGCUGUUUUGUUCUAAAGCAGUGUGGAUUGGAAUGAGGAGAGGGGGAGGGAGGACGUGUGUGUCUUUGACGGAGAGCGAAGCUGGGGUCUUUGCUGUGUUUUAACGGGACUCCUGGAAUGAACCAGUCUGUUGGUUCUGCAGACUUGUGCUCAAGGAAAAUGCAAAAACAGGAGCCUGGAUUACACCUAAAUUACAGAUGCUGCCAAAACCCUCCUGAGAUUAGAAUUUAUUUACAGCACCAAACCAGUAUCGGAUGAGAACAGGGUAGUGAUGGCUGCAUUUGUUAAUGCUAGCAGCACUGCAGAGUAUGCAAACGUCCUCCACUCUCCCAUUAUUAUAUAAUGGGACUGUAGCACCAUAAACUUUUGAUUUAACAAAGGUCAUCCUGGAGAGGUCAGGGGUGUGUUUUUACACUCGCACUGAAACUGAACAGUCGUGUCCGAAAGCCACUACUAGCAGCUGCAGCUUCUUUUUUUUUUUUUUUUUUUUUUUUUUUUAAACUAUCAUGAUUUUGUUAGGUUAGAUUUGAUAUUUAAUUUUAAUCUGGGAAGUUUCCAGUACCCAGGUGAACUCGCAGGUCGACUCUGAAGACGCUGCUACUUUUAAAACUGGUCUUAAGAGAAGCAGGGAGCUUUUUGGGUUACUAGAAUUAGAUUGCAGCCUUUUGAUUGUGCAGCAGGGUUGUAGAGAAGCCGGGUUAUUGAGAACCCCUGCUCAGUGUUUUAAGUGCAAUAUAUUUUAUUUCCGAGGCAUCGUUCUAGGAUUGGAGUGUGCAGGACUGACCCAGAGAUGGCUUUCAUUCCCAUCUUUACCAUGUACGUUUCUAAAGGUGCCAGUCCAGCAACAUUGCAUAAUCUCAUUGGAAAACGCACGACACUGGCUGUUGGAAGGAUUGACAAUCAAGGAGAAGUAACUCCUAAUAAUAUCAAUGCUAAUGAGGGCUGUGAGAACACUGCCGAACACGAGAACGUUCACGAGUGAGAGGAGGUCGUUCGCCUCAUCAGUGCUCGCCCGGUCCCCAGCAGCCAGUCGAUCUUAAAACUCUGUCGUCAAGCUUGGUAGCCCAUUCUGUACCCUCCAAGCCUUCUGUAUCCUACUGAGGCCAGUGCUGCUCAAGCUGGAUGUUCAGAAGAGCCUCGUUUUGGGUCUGCAGGUUUCUGCAAUGAACUGGGUCGGUCCUCGCACGUUUGAUUUAGGCUUCCUUGGUUUUUCUUCCCCCUCCAAUCAAUUUCAGAGUUGUAAAUAUGUAUUGGUAGAGAAGAAUAUUUGAAGGUGUGCCUUUUGAAAAUUCAGUGAAAAAAUGAAUUUGCUCUCCCCAUAUUGGGUGACACGUACAUAUAUUUUUAUUAUUUUCCUUUUUUUUGUUGUAUUCUACUGUUUUUAACAAGCAAAUAAAAUAGAUUUUGUACAUAAGCAAGUAUGACCAUGGAGAAUCUGUCUGCAGGAACGUUCUCAAAAGUUCAACUGUUGCAGAAUCGUUGUUUUAUUUAUUUUUUGCCAACAAGACACUUCGUUCAAACUCUUAAUGUGGGAACAAUAGAGAAGUUACUCUGUAAAUUUGCUCACUUAUGGAAGUUCCAUUUAUAGGUAACUUCAGUAGUAAAUAUUUCAUGCUUGGCUGUUUUCGUUUCAGGUUAGAUUCCCCAUCAUGUAGCUCCAUUGCAAUAAUGUUUCUCCCAGGGUCCAGAAGGUGUCAGAGUGGAUGGUGUGUCUUGGUUACGGGCUCCAGUCUGGCCUGUGUAUUGAGCAGGCACAGUGAAGCCUGCAAUGUACAGCAUGGUGCUAGCCCCCUUUUUAUUUUCCAAAUUGUAUUUGUUAAUCCCAGAAUUUCCAAAUCUAUAAAAGGUGUGGUCUAUAUAUUUAAAUUGUGUUGAUUUAAAAAAAAAAAAAUAAUAAUUGCUUUUUUUUUUUUUGUCACCAAGUGCUUUUUCAAAAUAAUAAAGUUUAAAAAAAAAAAAAAAAAUUCUUUUAUAUUGAGUGGUGGGAUUUGAUUAUUUCUGUGUGUGUUAUUUAUUCUUGGCUAUUUUACAAACCCUGACUGUGUUCAGUCCUGUGCUUAAAGUAUCUAUCCAAACCGUGCGUCUACUGGACUGGUUUCUCCGGGUUUUAUCUUUGACUUGUGCUUCUGCUUGCUGCAGUUUUUAAAGUGCUUUUCCAGCUACGAGUCAAUCAAACAUAAUGCAAGCUGCAGGAAGCUCUUCCUCAACCUUCCCACCAUAAAACGAUAUUCCACCCAUGCAAUAAAUAAACAGUAUUGCGUGGGAAGAGCAUUCACAUCGAACUGGCAAAAUAAUCCCAUCACAGCGGCAGCGCCUGGAGGUUCACAGUCACCAGAGUGAGAGAGAUGCUUGCAGGCUGCAGUGAAGAGACCAUUCCCUCCCCAUCCUCUCCCUGAAUCUCAGGAUCUCCCCCGCUGGUCGAGGGAUCAGGACUGUGAGCAGCAGCGUCCCAGUCCCUGUGGGGCUGACGGUGCGGAUUUUAGAAGCGCGUCUGUUUGGGAGCAGGACGGGCGCACCUGGGGGAGCUCUUUCUCUUCAGCUCUGUCGCACUCUGGGCUUACGCUGCAGUCUCUUCGGGGCUAGAGCUGGGUUUUGUUUUAUUUUAUUUAUUUAUUUUUUAACGAAAUUAAAGCUACAGAACAGAAACUAAUAAAGGGCGCGCGCGAGCACUGCGUUAUUUAUUUGAAACUUUGAUGUUAAAAACAAACUUUUUGUUUCGCUUUCUAUUUAUUUAUCAGAAGAAAAAAUAAAUUGUUAACUUUAACGCUGUGCCAAACGCUUUGUAAACAUCUUGAGCUUCAUAUUACAACGGGGCAGGGCAGGGGUGUUUUGGCCCUACGGAAACCUGUUUCGAGUUGCGUAAGACACUCCCGCAGGAGACCCGCUACACCCGUGCCAUGCAGGACCAGGGACGAGGGUCACUGACUGGGGUACAGCUGUGGAAAUCGGUUUUUUUCUGCUUUGCAUCCGUGCUUUUGCACUAGCGGACCUCCACGGGAUUCGAUACGCACAGGGGAAGGAAUGCGGCAAUAACAGGCAAGGGCUCUCCGCAGCGAUGGACCCCGCUCACCACUCCACUCUCCUCGUGGUCAUUCUCGUCACCGUGCUGCUGCUUCUACUGGGGGUGGCUGCACUGCUCCUCAACUACUGCAGAGGGAAAUGCCUUCAGAAGACAAGGAGAUCUGCAGUACAGAGGAUGGUGUCCUUCAGAGACCAGGCCACCUCCACUCCCAGCCUGCAGGCCGUCCUGUCCCUGCUGAGCACGGGGAGCCCCACGGCCGAGCCCAGAAGCCGCGCAGGCAGCCGGCAGGAGGAGUGGACUUCAGUGACGUUGACCAGCAGGAACCAGGACGUGUGCCCAGGGGACCCCAGCAGCAGAACCACCACGAGGCUCCCUCUCCACGACUGGACGCCCGAGCAGCAGCCGAGCCUGGUGAGCGGGGUGCGCAGGAUCGCAGACUCUCCGAUCGGGGAUCUGACGCUGACUCCCUACCUCGCGGUUCCAGCCCAGCCCCGGUCCGACAGGCUCAGCUCCUCCAUGAAGAGCAACUCCAGCCCUGAGACCCUCCCUGCACCGGUAGAGUCUCCAGUGCUUGGGUCCAGCCACUCACUCAGAGCUUCCAGCCUCCACAGGCAGCCAAGCUGGAAGACCUCCACCCGCGACAGCCCGCUGAACCGCAAUCCCAGCGCAGAGGAUGUGGAGCGGGGGACGGUGAGGGGGGACCGGUCCAGCCUCCUGGAGCUCCUGGAGGGCACCCUCUCCAGACCCCGGCCCCGCUCCUGCUCUGGGCAGCUGCAGGAGGAGGAGGAGGAGGAGGAGGAGGAGGAGGAAGGGGGAAGCAAGGUCCCGUUAGAGCGGUCCCUGCUGGAGAGAGCCAAGGCUGGCUGCCAGCUGUUUCAGCCCAGGGCCUGGUUCAUCUCCUGGGGGAAGACUCCGCAGGCAGAGGCCGUGCAGCAGACGAACGCAGGCAGCCUGGAUUCAGGGGUUGAUGUCCUGGAGAACCGGCACAGGAGGGAAGGGAGGCAGGCCGGUGUUGCUGGAGCCCCCAGGAGGGUCUGUCCGGGCGGGGUCUCCACUGAUGAGGGGGAUCACAGAGCGCCUCUCUCAGGGUCUGGAAAGGAGGAGGUGGAGGUCGUGAUCUCACCCAGGGAGGCAGUGGUGACGUUUGGGAUGCCGCAGUUUGGGAACAAGAGGAGCCUGUGGCAGAAGUGGGAGGAUCGGCCCCUCAUCGCGAUCAACUGAGGAUCGGAGAGACUGGGGCUGGGAUGGGAGUGCUCCAGAGAUAAGAAACCUGUAUUCCUUAUUGAUGUGUUUGCAAUCUGUCUCUGUUUUUUAAAGUGUCCCUGAUUCGCUUGCACAGUCACACCAGCAUGUUCCCUGUGAAAGAGAUGGAUUGCAAGUGCUAAAGGUGUUCCCUGUGUCUCUGGACAGUGCGUUACGAGGAGUAAUGCAGCAAACGGCCUUGCAAAGUUCAAUUGAGUUCCGUCGGGCAAAUCUCUCUCUGCAUCGUCACACUGUGUGCUGGAAGUGUUUGGAAAGGGGGAAACUUGUUUUUGUUUAGAAAUUGUUCUUGUGUUGAAAAUAAUGCACUUUAUUUAAAUGUCAAUCUGUAAUACAC